AACUCGAUUAUUAAUAUUGUAAACGUCAAAAUAAAAUGAUAAAUGGGGAUAAAUAAUUACAUUUUAAAUGUGUAAAGAUAAAUGGAUAAUUUGUGUGAUUAGUCUGAUGCUCGUUGUUGUGCAAAAUGUUUAAAAACAGGAACGAUAGUAAUGUAGUUUAUAAGUGCACUGUCAGAUUGUUGGAAGAUACGGAUAUUUUGGAAUGUGAAUUUCAGCCCCACCAUAAAGGAAGAUAUCUCCUGGAGCAUGUUUGCGAUCAACUAGGGCUCACUGAGAAGGAUUAUUUUGGAUUGCGAUAUGUUGAUGUCACAAGACAAAGGCAUUGGUUGGAUUUAGCAAAAAAUAUAUUAAAGCAAAUGAAAGAUGUAUCUUGGCCUCCUUUAUUUUCCUUCCGAGUUAAAUUCUACCCAGCUGAACCCCUUUGCUUGGGCCCCACGGGACGUAGUGCCCUUUUCACCCAGCUCAAGAGAGAUUUGGCCCAUGGAAGACUAUCAUGCUCAAGUGGAGAAUGCGCUGCUUUAGGUGCACUCAUUGUCCAAGAUGAGUUAGGUGACUAUGAUUCCAACACUCACACCGGUGACUAUGUGGCUAGGAUUCGGUUCUCAGUUCGACAGAGUGAUGCCUUAGAAAAAAGAGUAAAAGAACUACAUGCAGCUCGAGAGCCUGGUCAAGAGGCUCAAGCAUGCAAGGAUGAAUUUGUGAGACUUGCCAGCGGGCUUGAUGCUUAUGGAGUGGACCCACACCCCGUAAAAGAUCAUAGGGGCAGUCAGUUGUAUCUCGGUGUAAACCAUACUGGAAUUGGUACGUUUUCUGCAGGAAAGAGAAUGCAGCAUUUUAAAUGGUCUGAAGUGCAUAAAUUGAAUUACGAGGCUAAAAUGUUUAUAGCACAUCUUACCUACACAGAUGUAAGUAGAAAUAAGAAAAAGCAUACAAUAGGAUUUAAAUGCCCUACUGGAGCAGCCUGUCGACAUUUAUGGAGAUGUGCCAUUGAACAAAUGCUUUUUUUCACAUUACCAAGCUCUUCAUCUUCAAAUACCAUAUCAGGUGGAGGAUUUCUCUCAUGGGGUUCACGCUUCAAAUACACAGGAAUGACACAAAGAGAGAUGCUCCAAGCACUUAGGCAUAGUGAACGAAGGGAUGGCUCACGAGACAGUGAUGGUACAACAAUUGAUGAUGAAAAUGCUUCUGGAUCAGCAAAAGAUGGCACACGUAAAGCCAGCAGUGUUCCAGCUACACCUAGCUCACCCCAAACUGACUUAGGAAACAUAAGGUAUAGCAGUUUGCCACGAUCAGCUUUAUCAGCCCCUUUGGCAUCAACAACUGAUGUGGGAUCGGCUAUUGAUACAAUUGGUGGACUGCCGUCUUUAGAAACAGUUUCUGAGGAGCAAUUAGCUUUACACAGAAGAGGUCUCACAGAGAUGCACAUGGCCAGUGAUUCCUUUCCAGGAGAUUUCUACAUUCGAGAUUCGAUUGAAAAUCAUUCAUCUUCAGAAAGUCAGUCUAUAGCUGAUACGAUGAGCAGGCAUACAACUGAACCGGCUAUUUAUAAAGUUUCUCAUGGAGCAGCUUCUCAACUGCAGUUAACACAACCAAGUACUACAGUAGUAACAUCUGUCCUUAAUCAUCAUGAGCACCAAUCACCCACAUCGACUUCUAGCGACCAGCAGAGGAGAGCUAAGAAGUUUCAUUUACUGCGAGUAUUUGUACCGUCUUUCAUAUCAGUCCUGCUGAUAUUUUUAAUAUCAGCAAUAGUGUUAUUUGAAACCGAAACCGAUACUUUAUCAUCAAUGAGGAAUAUUCCUGAAAUGCUAGUUUUAAGACAUCAGUACUAUCAGCCAGUCCGGGAUUAUAUUUUAGACAUGUGUUGUGGGACUAAAAAGGUUGUAAAUAAUAAUAAAUCAAAUUUGUGAUUUCAUUAGAGAAUAUUGUAGGUUUUAAUAACAUUUGCCAAUUUUUAAA